CAACUUUCUUUCACUGUUAUUGUUUCAUCUUUUUCUGCUAAAACCUUCUCUCUCUUUCUCUCUCUUUCUUCUCUCAAGUUUUCUAGCAUUUUUCACCACUUCAUCUUCCACCCACAAAACCUCUCUAUCUCAUCUAUGAACGAUACUGGAGGCUCUCUUGACGAAGAGAGCCAACACAGUGAAGAACAAGAACAGGAACCAUUUCAACAGCUUUCUUAGUUUUUUUUUUCAUUCUACCAACUUUGUUUUUUUUUUGUUCUUUUCUCCCUUUGUGUGAGUGAUGAUGGCACUUUCUAUGCAUAAAGACGCUAAUAACCAAAUGGAUGCUGGUAAGUAUGUGAGGUACACUCCUGAACAAGUUGAAGCUUUGGAGAGAGUUUACACAGAAUGUCCAAAGCCUAGCUCUUUGAGAAGACAGCAGCUCAUUAGGGAGUGUCCUAUUCUUUCCAACAUUGAACCUAAACAGAUCAAAGUUUGGUUUCAGAAUAGAAGGUGUCGGGAGAAGCAAAGAAAGGAAGCUUCUCGUUUGCAGACAGUGAAUAGAAAACUGUCUGCUAUGAACAAAUUGUUAAUGGAAGAGAAUGACCGUCUGCAGAAGCAAGUUUCUCACCUGGUUUAUGAGAAUGGAUACAUGAAGCAACAGAUUCACACUGCUUCUGCUGCAACUACCACAGACAAUAGCUGUGAUUCUGUGGUAAUGAGUGGUCAAAACCAACAGCAAAACCCACAUCAGCGUCCUCAAAGGGAUGCCAACAACCCAGCUGGUCUCCUUGCCGUGGCUCAGGAGACCCUGGCAGAGUUCCUUUCUAAGGCUACUGGAACUGCUGUCGACUGGGUCCAGAUGAUUGGGAUGAAGCCUGGUCCGGAUUCUAUUGGUAUUGUUGCUGUUUCCCGCAAUUGUAGUGGGAUAGCGGCACGUGCCUGCGGCCUUGUGAGUCUAGAACCCACUAAGGUUGCCGAGAUUCUUAAAGAUCGACUGUCAUGGUAUCGUGACUGCCGAUGUGUUGAUGUUUUGAAUAUUGUCCCCACCGGAGGUGGUGGUACAAUAGAGCUUUUGUAUAUGCAGACAUAUGCGCCAACAACAUUGGCUGCAGCUCGAGACUUUUGGACUCUAAGAUACACUACUAGUUUGGAAGAUGGAAGUCUUGUGAUAUGUGAGAGGUCGUUGAAUGUUUCGACUGGUGGUCCUACAGGGCCUGCUUCGACAAAUUUUGUGAGGGCUGAAAUGCUUCCAAGUGGUUUUCUAAUUAGACCAUGCGAGGGUGGUGGAUCUAUUAUUCAUAUUGUUGAUCAUGUUGACUUAGAUGUUUGGAGUGUUCCUGAAGUACUAAGGCCCCUCUAUGAAUCUUCAAAAAUUUUGGCUCAAAAACUGACUAUUGCAGCUUUGCAACAUGUAAGACAAAUAGCACAGGAGUCCAGUGGUGAAAUUCAGUAUGGUGGCGGGCGCCAGCCUGCUGUUUUGAGAACAUUUAGUCAGAGACUUUGCAGAGGGUUUAAUGAUGCUGUGAAUGGAUUUGUCGAUGACGGUUGGUCUUUGCUGGGAAAUGAUGGCGUUGAAGAUGUGACAAUUUCUGUGAACUCUUCUCCAAAUAAGUUUUUGGGGUCUAAUUACAAUUCAUCAAUGUUCCCUGCAUUUGGGGGUGGUGUCUUGUGUGCCAAGGCAUCAAUGCUGCUGCAGAAUGUUCCUCCUGCUUUGCUUGUUCGUUUUUUGCGGGAACAUAGAUCGGAAUGGGCUGAUUAUGGUGUUGAUGCGUACUCUGCUGCUUGUCUCAAGUCUAGCCCCUAUGCUGUUCCAUGUGCAAGACCUGGUGGCUUCCCCAGCAGCCAGGUCAUUUUACCUCUUGCUCCUACAGUUGAGCACGAAGAGUUCCUUGAAGUAGUUCGUAUAGAGGGUCAUGCAUUUACACCAGAAGAUGUUGCAUUGGCCCGUGAUAUGUAUCUGUUACAGCUGUGUAGUGGAAUUGAUGAAAAUUCAAUUGGAGCAUGUGCUCAACUUGUGUUUGCACCAAUAGACGAAUCCUUUGCCGAUGAUGCACUUUUGCUUCCUUCCGGUUUUCGCGUUAUUCCCUUGGAUCCUAAAUCAGAUGUUCCGGCUACGUCAAGGACUUUGGAUUUGGCAUCAACACUUGAAGUGGGAUCUAGUAAUGCCCGAGCAGCUGGUGAAGGUGGUGAUGCAUACAACCUUAGAUCUGUCCUUACUAUCGCAUUUCAGUUUACCUUUGAGAAUCAUCUGCGUGACAAUGUUGCUGCCAUGGCUCGUCAAUAUGUACGAAGUGUUGUUGGAUCCGUUCAGAGGGUUGCCAUGGCUAUUGCUCCAUCUCGCCAAGGUCCCCAGCUUGGUCCAAAAUCACUUCCUGGUUCUCCAGAAGCUCAUGCUUUAGCACGAUGGGUCUGUAGAAGCUACAGGAUGCACACUGGUGCUGAGCUUUUCCGUGUCGAGUCUACAGCUAGUGAUGCAAUCUUGAAGCAACUUUGGCACCAUUCUGAUGCAAUCAUGUGCUGUUCUGUGAAAACAACUGCAUCUCCAAUAUUCACCUUUGCAAACCAAGCUGGACUAGACAUGCUUGAAACAACUCUAGUUGCACUUCAGGACAUAAUGCUGGAUAAAGUACUUGAUGAAGCUGGCAGAAAGAUUCUUUGCUCUGAAUUCUCCAAGAUAAUGCAACAGGGUUAUGCUUAUCUGCCAGCAGGGAUAUGUGUAUCAAGCAUGAACAGGCCAGUUUCUUAUGAGCAGGCCAUUGCAUGGAAAGUUCUUAAUGAUGAUGAUGCCAAUCACUGUCUAGCAUUCAUGUUCAUCAACUGGUCUUUUGUCUGAUGGGAAAAUCAUAAUCAAGAUACUGAACUUUAUAUUAAUGUUUUAAGUUAUAUAUUAUAUAUUAAGUUAAUGUCAGUACUUUAAAGUACCAGAGAUACUGUCUCAGACGAUUUCACUAAUUUUCAGCUUUGUGUAAUGUGUCUUUGUAAACUAUGCUAAUGUUUCUCUAUGACUAUAUAAAUAUUUGAACUACAA